CAAACGAACCGGCCUACGAACGAACGAGUACUGAUCGAAUCCUCAUAGACGGAAAAUUUCAGUCCCAUAAUCCAUCCGAUCUAUUUACGUAUGAGGUAUAAGAAGUUUCUCAUUCGUCGAAUUUGUUCCACGUAAAUAAUAGCGGACACAACGAGUCAGGUCACUCCUGUGUGUAAACAUCUACAAUAUAUUUAGGAGUGAAGUUCAACUCUCAUGAAAAGUUGCGUGUAUUCAUUACAUCGAGUGAAGCUCAGCGGUACGGAGAAGAAGAAUUUUGUGCGUCGCAUAAGGAGGACGGUGGUACGAAGUGUUGAUUAUACGUCUCGAUUUGGAUUACGGGUGAGCUUUCCAGAAGAAAAUACCACGGGGAUUAAGCCGUGAAGGAUGCCGCCGGACGAGAAGUGGGAAAUUCUGAAGCGUGGACAGAGAACCCAAGCAUCCGAAUAGUGUUCAUUGAUUCGUGAAAUGCAGCAGCAGCAGCAGCAGCAGCAGCAGCAGCAACACAAUGGAGACCAAGAAAACGUGUAUACCACUCUCUCUUUCAAGUGGGACGUGGUUCGAGAUGGAGAGACGUCGCUGCGAAGAUAGUUACCAGAGGUGGCACCGAACACAGAGUUUGACAAGGUUGGCUGAUAGUUUUGACUAUUUCAUUGACCCGGGCUAUGGUGUUUUUUCAAGUCGUGUUCAACAUCGCCCGCAACAGGAUAUGAAAAGGAUUAAAUUAAUAUCGGCUGAGGAGGAACAAUUCGACCUUGAAAGCUAAACGAAUCGAGUAUCACCUAUCCCGUGAGUUUUUUUACAAGCGAAAAGUGACACUUGAACGGUGUAAGUAAUAACAAAUCCAGUGACGUACGCAAAAAACAAAAAGAAAAAAGAAAAAAGAAAAAACGGAAAAGAAUUCAGCCAAAGUUGAGGGGAUCUACGUGGCUGAGUUACUGACUUUGAAUAUUACCGAGCGACACGGAAAAUGAAAAUGAAGCGAAGUCGGCUCGUCCUGUGGAUAUUCAUGCCAUGUCUCUUUGAAGGAGUUCUACCGCAGUACAGGGACAAGAAUCUCAGUAGUGACACUGACGCGGUGCAGGGAAUCUUGGCGAAGUAUCUUCAGAAACGAUUACAAGGUGCGCAAGUGUUUAGUCCGCCACCUCCGUCGGUUCUUUUCAACUUGAAUCGACAAUCUAGGGCGCGUAAGACUGACGGCGAGAAGACGUCCGACAAAGAUGCCGAUAUCGAAUCUAAUAACACCGACAGUCAAGAACGAAAAGACGAUUACGACGACUACGUCGACGAUCUUCAAGGCUUCGAGGACAGCGAGUGCAGCAGGACCAGGAUCAACCUGUUCGACGAUUGCCCAAAUUGCGUUGAUGAACACAGCGGCAGCAUAGCUGCAGCUUCCAGAUGGACGAUGCCACUGCUAAAGUUGGGCGAAAAGAGAUAUUACUUGGGCAUCUUUUUUAAGGCUAACUGGUACAGAGCAUCGCAGUACUGUCGAUAUCACGGUAUGCAUCUCGCCAGCAUCGCUUCUCAGGAAGAGAAUGAUCGACUAGAAAAACACAUAAAGGACUUCGGUCUCGGACACGAACACUUUUGGACUUCGGGCACCGACCAGGCCGAAGAAGGAACAUUUUUCUGGAUGGCUAAUGGCCGACCUGUUACGUUCGAAAAUUGGAAUGUCGGAGAACCAAAUAACUUCCGGUACGAAAAUGGUGAAGAGGAACAUUGUCUGGAGCUCUGGAACAGGGACGGCAAGGGUCUUAAAUGGAACGACAGCCCUUGCAGCUUCGAAACGUUUUUCGUCUGUGAAGUGCUGUGAAUUUAAGGACUUGGACUAGGAAGUAUUUCAAUCUACCUGACGACUUUGCCAACAUUUCAACCGCUUCAAAUAAUAAUUAGUCAGACCAAAACCGAUAGAUUUUUUUUCAUAAUUCCUAUCUCAAUCUAGUGAAAUUACAAUGAAUUUAUGAAGAGAGUAACGUUCAACAAUAUUGGGUUUGAAAAUACAUAAAGACAAUACGUUGCUAGGGAAACUGGUUUCCGAAGAUAGCUAUAAACUUAUUUUUCACUAUUCUUCGGUUGGUUUUGGCAGAGCAACAAAUGUGACUGAUUGUUAUACAAUCUUUGAAAUCUUGGUGACACGUCAGAAUGAAAGAAAAAAAAUAAUAAAUCCAUAUCAAAUACCAAACAGAAACUGCUGCGUAUAUAGAACAAAAUAAGAUUGUUCAAAUCGUGUGUAAGGGCAGCUUUUGUUCACGAAAAUUUGACAAAAAACUAUGCAGUGAGAAUUAACGUAUCAGCAUUUUUAGAAUACCACAAUUAAGAAUAUUUUGUGCAACAAAAAAAAAAAAAACAAUUCAAAAAUGUAAACACGAAAAGAAUAUAAAAGUAAAUUAUUCUAAGGCCAAAACAAAAUUGAUUAGGAUUUAAGGGUAUGUGUAGGAAAAAUACCACUGAAAUACCUAAUUCUUUUUUUUUAAUUACUUUUUAUACAUAUUCAUUAUAUUUACCGUUUGUUUGACAACCCAUGAACGUGCAAUGUGAUAAACUUUAUAUCAAAUUUCGAACACUCGAAGCUGUCUGGACACAGACCUUAGUCACUUAUAAUAAACAGCUUCCUGUUACAGUCAAGUACUAGUGUGAAUGCAAUUGUGUACAUGGCAUUAUUUAGUUUUAUUAGAUUUAUUGUAAUUUUUUUUCUACGACAUAAGUGUACGUUUAUCGCUUGAGCUUUUGAAGCAAAUGGAGAAAAGUGAUGAAUUUAAGUGCAGUAAAUCAUAUAGAUUAUUGUAGUAUAUUAAAACCAAUCAAUCAAACUUUGUGGAUGUAUAAAAUGUUCAUAUGUUCAGGGAAAAGUAAAAGGUGAUUAAUCGAACCGGAUGAAUUUUAUGAGGUACCUAUAAUUUUCUUUUCUCAAUUUUCAUUCUCCAUGAAGUACAUCAUGAAUUUCUGAAAGUUUUCGGAUGUUAGCUAAGUUUCUGAACAGCAGAGAACAAGUGAAUAUUCUUUGAUAGAAUUCCUAAAUUUUCUUUUGCUCAAAGUUAGCUUACUUUUCUGUAUGUGGAUUUUAAAUUCAAACUUACGUGAACUCUAAGGAUCUAUGUAUUAACGUAUACCACUUUUACGUACAUCAAUCACCGAUUUACAUUUUCACGUGUGUCCACAAAUACAAGAAUAAAAAUCAAAUUUAUUGCCGAGUAUGGCGGGAAAACUUGA